AUGCUCAUUGCGGCCAAGGAGGAGUUCAUCGCGAGUGGACUUCAACCCGCCAAUGAGCGCGCAAGGAAGCGGGCAGAACUGGCUGUGCGCUCAGGAGCAUGCUUCGGGUCGGCGGUGCAGCGUACGAAAGCCCUUCAGAUUCAGGUGGCUCACCAUCAACCGGGGAAAAGCGCUGACAUCAAUGGCAUCGUGGAAGAGUAUGGCCUUUCGUUCGACAUCCAACCCCUGGAGGAGGACCCCACGGCGACGGUGCGCAGAACACACGCCUUGGGAAGCAACGCCGGGCCUUACUACGGGCCAGACACCCUGCACGACUGCAACCACGGGGAUGACUGCCGCCAAAAGUACGGUGGGAUAGACACAUGCGCCCAGCUGUCGGGGGUCAACCUCAACGCGCACGAGCAGAACCAUGCGAAGAAGAAAAAGUUUCUGCACAUGUUGAAUGUCAUGAAAUUUGACCGCUUUACGUUCAUGGUAACUCUGAUCAACGAGACCGAGAAUGAGGCAAUGAAGCGCCGGUCGGUAGCAAACAUGGUCAAGCGUGUUCGAGGCCAUGGCUUGGAAAAAGUACAGAUUUGCCAGGCUGAGGUUUGGUUCUGCGGCAGAUGCUUCUGCGAGAACUCUCUAAUGCGAUCAUUCGACCAGUUCGGCCGGGUCCGGCUGACCUUUAUUCAAUCAUAGCCAUAUUUUUUGGGGGGCUCGGAUGUUGUUGUACUAUGUCUCAGAUGCUGUGGUACGGUGUUCGCUUGGCUGACCCGCUUGCGCCAUUCCGUCGUUUCACCCUGUUAACAGUGGUGGGUAGAGUUCGUGUUUUUUUUUUCCCCUCCUUUUUCGGUUGAUGGGGUGUCGUUGGCUGUCUAGGAGUAUGUAGUUGCACGGUUGGGGGCAGUGGGGGGUUAGAUGCACUGGUUUUCCUUUUGGGGGAUCCACAGAUUGAUUUCGCUAACCAUAGGGAUGCUUUAAGAACUAUUUUUUCAGCCUUUCACAGCACUUCCAGUACUAUCGAAUGCUCACUGUUUUUUUGUUUUUCCAUGAGCAGCACGAUGUAUCUUUGCGUCUCCAAGGACAACCAGACUUGUUCCCAGAUGUGAAAGUAGUGAAUUGUCGAAAACACUUUCUUGAUCCUGAAUCGAAAACAAGAUUGGUUGGCAGACCUACCAUUGCCUUCUGCCCAUUGCGUCGCAUCCAGAUGAGGGUAGAAUUAUUUUGUAUUCUGUCCACGAAAGUUGUCUGAUGCCCACUAGCCGACUU